AUGAAUAAGACAUCUCACACUGAUGAGCCCCUCAAGGGUGAUAACGGCUACAACCAGAGCCCCAAUCCAAACUCCAGUGACCUCACCACGAACGAGGACUUCAAUGGGCUCGUCAACACUCGGACCGUGCUACAAGAUGACUCUCAGGCACUGCCAGACGCGGCCUCCAAUGUCCCAGGACAGAUAGCCGGCGACGCUCCUAUCGAGAACGCCGGCCGUGCCAAGGCCACGUAUCGGCUGGCCUAUCGGUCAAUCGACCGUGGCCAGCCACCCGACGGCGGUCUGCGGAUGCCCGCACCCGCCCACCCCCCACCGGCUCCGGCUGGUGAUGACGCCGACCGCGGUACGCCGCUGCAGCGCCUUAAGAAGAUGCUCAUUACCGUUGGCUCAUUCGUUGGGCCAGGUUUUAUGAUUUCGGUUGCCUACAUUGAUCCUGGCAAUUACUCUACGGACAUCGCCGCGGGAGCCUCGUAUCGCUUCCGCCUCUUGUUCAUCGUCCUCCUCUCCAAUCUGUUUGCUAUUUUCUUGCAGAGCCUGGCCAUCAAGCUCGGUACCGUCAGCGGCCUCAAUCUCGCCGAGGCCUGCCGUGCGUUUCUCCCUCGAUGGCUCAACUACAUCCUGUACGUCUUUGCCGAGGCUGCAAUCAUUGCCACAGACAUAGCAGAGGUGAUUGGAUUUGCCAUUGCAUUGAACCUUCUCAUCCCUCAAGUCCCACUGGUGGUGGGAUGUGCCAUUUCCAUCAUCGAUGUUAUGGUCAUCCUCUUCUUCUAUCGUCCACAUGAGUCCAUGAAAGGCCUACGAUAUUUUGAAAUGUUCAUCGUUUGUCUGGUUCUGGGCGUCGUCGUUUGCUUUUGCAUCCAGCUCUCUCUGAUCCGUGACACCUCCCCGAGAGAAGUCUUCAGGGGUUAUCUGCCAUCAAGCUCACUCAUUGAGUCUGAAGCUAUUUAUCAGGCUUGCGGAAUUCUUGGCGCGACAGUCAUGCCUCACAGCCUAUAUCUAGGAUCCGGCAUUGUUCAACCUCGCCUGCGCGAAUACGAUGAGCGAAGCGGUCUGUUGCCUCGUCAACUUACCUCGGGAUCCUCUGUUCUUGAUGAAGGCAUCGACAAAGGCUACUACGUCCCCUCUGAGAGCGCAAUCAAGCACUCGCUCAAGAUUUCCAUCAUUGACCUGGCUACCUCUCUCUUCACGUUCGCGCUCUUUGUCAACUCUGCGAUCCUCAUUGUUGCUGGUGCCUCGCUCUACAACAAUCCAGAUGCUCUCGAAGCAGACAUCUUCGGCAUUCACGAUCUACUUUCCAAGUCUAUCUCUCCCGCAGCAGGCACCAUAUUCGCCCUGGCACUACUGCUCUCGGGAGUCUCGGCUGGAAUUGUUUGCACCAUUGCCGGUCAAAUGGUCAGUGAGGGUGCCCUGAACUGGAAGAUCAAGCCUUGGUUGCGCCGCCUUGUGACCCGCAGCAUCAGCAUCACCCCAAGCAUCAUUAUCGCGGGAGCAGUGGGCCGCUCCGGGCUCAACGCAGCGCUUAAUGGUUCGCAGGUGGCUCUGAGCAUCAUCCUGCCGUUCGUUACUGCGCCGCUCAUUUAUUUCACCUGCCGUGAUAAAUACAUGACGGUUCACACCGGCAGGGCGCGCUGGCGUACGGCGGACAGGGAUGAUGAGACAGCGUUGGACCGGGUAGUUGGCGAGGGAGCCGAGCUCGAACAAGAGGGCACCAAGAUGACGAACUCGUGGUACACGGCGAUUCUCGCCGUCUUGAUCUGGCUAUUCAUGGCCAUCAUGAAUGUGGCUAAUUUGGUGUUCCUAGGCAAGUAG